AAGAGUUCGGCUUUGCCUUGCCCUUAUGUUUUAACCCACACGGUCUCGCUGUGGAUCCCCAUUUGCACAACAAAGAAAACCAAAACCCGUCUCAGACCAAACUCACCAACCCGUCCAAAGCUUCCAAUCAUGGCUAUGAAGAACGUUAGGGUUUUCUUCCUCGCUCUCCUCCUCCUCCUUGCCUCCCCUCUCGCCCAAGUUGCUAAGUGCCAAUCGGAUUCAGACGUGGAGGCUACAGAGGCUGUUGAAGAAGUGGGUGAUCUUGGGAUCGUUGGUGAAGAUGUCCAAGAUUUUGGUGAUGGGAUUUUUAGCCCAGCUCCCGGAGUUGAGACAAUAUGUGUUUUCCCUAAGAAUAGUGCUAGAGUGGUGCCAGCUGGAGAAGAGACUGAACUAUUGGUCGGAAUGAAAAAUGAUGGGGAGGCCACUGUGAACGUCAUUGCAAUUAAGGCCAGCGUUCAUCUUCCUUUUGAUCAUAGUCUGCUGGUUCAAAAUCUUACUGCACAGGCUUUUAACAACGCAUCAGUUCCAGCUUCAGCACAGGCUACUUUCCCAUACAUAUUUGCUGUUAGCAAGUUCUUACAGCCUGGAACAUUUGACCUUGUAGGCACCAUCAUAUAUGAAAUUGACCAGAAUCCUUACCAGAGCACCUUCUAUAAUGGCACCAUCGAAGUUGUUGAGGCUGGUAAUGUUCUCAGCAUUGAGUCCGUUUUUCUUGUUACCCUUGGAAUUGCCCUUCUUGUCCUCCUUGGCGUAUGGAUCCGUGGUCAAAUAAAGAACCUUUCCAAGAAAACUAAGAGGGCUCCCAAGGUGGAAGUUGGAACCAAGACUAUGGAUGCCUCAAUGGAUGAGUGGCUUCAGGGAACUGCAUAUACUCAGUCAUUGUCAGGCAAAUCGAAGAAGAAAAAGUAGAUGACCAUUCUCAUCUGGUUCAGCUGCACAAGCCAUUACACUGAAGGGCAGACUCUUGUAACUCUUGCUAGGCAUUUGAUGACUUUAAGAGAGCUCAAAAGGUUGGAGUAGUUUUGGAAAUUAGACCAGAAAAGACUUGUCUUGCCUGUUGUAGCAUUUGGAAGAAAUUUUUUACAUUUAAAUUUUAUUGGAGACGAAGUUGAGCAUUUUGAGGUAAAACUAACGCAAAUUUGAGUUAGGAAGGAUACAAUUUUCUGUGACACCACAAAAUUUUCUUAGAUUACAUGCACUUUUUUAUAUUUAAAUUUUACCAUUGAAGUUU